UUAGUAUGUAAUACACACACCACGCUAGAGAACAUUCACGUUGACAACUGCCAAUGAACCGUAAUGAGUCCCAUUUCCUUGGAUAUACGUUGUUUUAGGGUUUGGUUGCUUUGUUUUUUUUAGGUCGUUUUCAUAUCUGCUUGUUUACCGCGCUAAAAUGGAAAUUUAUGCUUUUAUAUUGUUGUUAAUCUGUUGAAGGGCGAGUUAGCUUUAGAGUUAGCAGCAAUAACAAGCAACGUUAGGUGGAAUAUUUUUAGCAAUGCCUUAAUAAAUUCAUAGUAAAUAACGUGUUUGUUUGAAAUACAUUAUUAUAUGAACGCUUGGCUGUGUCUUUGGCAGCAGUUAAUGUAAAACCAACCGAAGCUUAUAGUGUAUACUUUUCAUUUUUGCUAGAAAAUUGUCCUUCUGCGUUUGUACAUUUAUUACAGAUAUGCAGAUGUGUAAAAGAGUAUACCAAGUCUCUAAUCAAGUUAGGAAUAGACAUUGUUUGAUCGGCAUAAAUGAAUUAUAUCUCACAUCUGUGUCUGCCUAUCACUGCACAAGUCAACUUCUUAUGUCAAGAGAUGAUGAAAAGUUGACAAAUAAUCCCUUAAACUCGAAUAAAACCACAAAGUCCUAUGCGAGGUAUAAACCUACUUUUCGUGAUGAUACUAGUAUUCCCAAAAUAACAAAAACACAGAGCAGAAAAUCUCAGGUGGCUCCCGAAGAGAAAACAUCUGUUACAGAGAGGAAAGUGUCUUCUGAGCUUCAGAAUCUGAGGUUUGAGGAUUUCACUGAGUCAGAAACUGGAAAGAUCUUUGGGAUUCAUAAAGACACCGCGGAAAAUAAAGAUGAACAGUUGGAGAUUGUGUUUGGAGUGGCCCCAUGUUUGCUGGCGCUCAUGCAAGAUAGAAGAAGGCCAAGUCGUCUCUUCGUGAAGGAUGAUAAAGGACCCCAGAGAGAUGCGAUCUCGAGGGUCUGUCAGGAGGGCAUCAAGCGUGGUGUGCAGAUCCAGAGAGUCAACAAGAAAACGCUCGACAACAUGUGUGGUGGAAAAGUGCACCAGGGGUUGUGUCUGCUUGGAAGUUCUCUAGGCUUUGUCACAGAGGAGCGACCAAUAAUAUCUCAUCAUGAUCAGGAGAAGAAUCAAGAGACGUUAUGGCUGGUUUUGGACAGAAUACAGGAUCCAAUGAAUCUUGGUGCAAUUUUACGGUCUGCAUAUUUCCUGGGAGUGGAUCGGGUGGUCAGCAGCAUUCAUAACAGCUGUCCAUUGACACCUACAGUGAGCAAAGCCAGUGCUGGUGUGAUGGAGGUCAUGAAAGUGUUUGGCUACAGCAACCUAAAAGAUAUGAUCAAGGUAAAAGCAGAACAAGGCUGGCAGGUUGUUGGCACAGUUGGAUUAGAGGAAGGAAAAUCUGAAGCGGCAGUUGUGCCGGUUUCACAUUUCAAGAUGUCAAGACCUACACUACUGUUAAUGGGUGGGGAGGGAGAAGGUUUGUCUUCUGAACUGCGGCAGCUGUGUGAUGUUCUGCUCACUAUAUCUCCACGCAGAGACCUGCAGCCUGGAGUGGAAUCACUUAAUGUGUCUGUAGCCACAGGCAUCCUGUUGCACUCUCUUCUGUCCACCCGCACACUAAGGUGACGAUGAUGGCGGCAGGACUGCAGCAUUAUUUACUCGGACGUCUCUCAUUAGCUCGCUACAGUGAUUAAUGACUGGAUUACUUCAUCAAUUAACAGUCUGAGAGUCUGGAGAGCCCCAUUGAUCAGAUAAAGAGAGACUCUACAUGCAUUCUGCCCCUUGACUGCCCUAUGUGACCGACUUGUUUAAGGCAAGACCUGCUCUGUUCUGGGUCUUUGUGAGCUCAGGGUGUAACAUUUUUCAAAAUAAAACUUAUAUAUAAACGUAUGCAUUUAUUCAUUGUUUUUUGCAUUCAAUCAAUUAUUUUAAAGUAAAUCUCAUCAGUAUUAUUUUUUUAAAGGUUUUUUAAAGGUUAUGGUGUGUUCUUUUAAAAUAAUAACUGUAUAAGGAUAAUUAAGAAAAAAGCUUAUAUAAGUAUACAAAUCCUUAAAUAUUGGAUGUUUCAUUCGAGAGGUAUUAUCUUCAGUAUAAUCUUUUCUGAAACCAAUUCGAUAAGAAAAUACUUCUGUAAACAGUCAUCAGUAGUACUAAGACUGGUUCAGCAGGUGGCACUACAUAUAUAUUAGUAGGCCUAUGGCUUUACACUAUACUUGAGUAUUGAGUUUUCCCUCUCUGAAUCAAGCUAUAAGCUUAGGGUUUGGCCACAGAAUACUCAAGCUAGACCUGCUCCAUUGGGAUGCAUUUAUGUAAAAUUCACUUUAUCAGUAUCUGACAUUUUGGUUUCCCAUCCCUGCUUUACAAUUAUACUACAAUGUUCUUGAUUGGCAUGUCAGCAGGGAGCAAGACUGGACGAUUAAGCUUCUAAUACUGUAGACAAUUUCGUUUUUGUCAUAGCUGCAGGGGAGAAUGAGAUAUAAGAUGAGUUAGUCUGAUUUAAUGAAGC